AUGCCGCCCAAGAGCAUGUCCGCGCUCUUCUUGGGGCUCGAGCUCGCGACCGACCAGAUACGUGCAUCGAUCGUCGACGAAAACUUGGAGCUCGUGGGAGUGGAAGCCGUGGAUUUUGAUUCUGAACUGCCCGAGUACCAGACAACAGGCGGCAUUUUCACGACCCCGGGAGAUGCAUACACCACUCCCGUCGAAAUGUGGAUUAAGGCUUUCGACUUGCUCAUGGAGAAGCUAAGCAAGGGGUACGACCUACAUAGGAUCAAAGCCAUCGGAGGUGCUGCGCAGCAUGCGCUUGUUUGGUGGAAGGCCGCUCAGGUGCCACAGUUACAGGCGCUAGAUCCGCGGCUGCCCAUGCACGUACAGAUCCCUCCCCAGUCAUUCUCGCUGCCCAAUGCGCCCGUUGCGCAGGAUACAUCUGCCCACACCCAUGCGCUUGCCCUCGAAGCUGCAUUGGGCGGGCCUGAUCUGAUGGCUGCGCGCGUAGGGACAUGUGCGCACGCAUCACUUCUCGCUGCACAGCUCCUCCGCGUUCGCGAGGCGUGGCCCGAUGUAUGGACCCGCACGGGACGCGUGCAGGUUGCCAGCUCGUUCCUUGCAAGUCUUCUUUGCGGCGCGUUGGUCAGUAUGGGCGAGGCGGAAGCGUGUGCCACGGGUCUUUGGUCACACUCCAGUGCGCAGGGCACGGGUCUGCAAAGCCACUGGGACGAAGGUGUCUUGGAGAUCGUAGGUGGAAGUAGAGAUGAGGGCAGACGGAUAUGGAGCUGGUUAGGGGAUGUGGACCUUUCAGGAGGGCGUAGGAGGAUUGGAAACAUCUCGCGUUACCUCACGGACCGAUAUGGGUUUGACCCUGAGGCCAUCAUUACUCCCUUCACGUCUGACUACCUCUCGACAUAUCUUUCCUUGUGUCCUACGCCUUCUGAUGCCGUCCUCUCGUUCGGGCCAAUGGAUGCCAUGCUUGCACCAGCAGCCAAUUAUGUACCGACGCGCCUUUACAGUCUGCUCCCUCACCCUGCGCAAGAUGUCAGCGAGAGGAAACGUUACGUUAUGAUGCUCUCGAGCCGGAAUGCAGAUGUGCCCAGAGCGUUGGUACGGGACAUGUACACAAAAAGCUGGAGUGCGUUCGAUCGGUUGGUUGCCAUUGUCCCACCAGGGGGGUCCAUCGGUCUCGAUGACAAGCUCUUUAGUUUCUGGAUUUUACAAGCCGACAGCUACCCAUUCUCACAUGUUAAGGGGAUCUUUAGAUUCGAGACAGGUGUCAAGGUCAAUGAAUUCCGCGAUCUGCGGGCCAACCCCCGAUGUCUUUUGGAGAGCCAAAUCCUGUCCUUCCGCGUACGGUGGUCACGUAUGACUGCGACAGGCGUUCUAGGUAACAACGCUGGGCGUAGUCGUGGUGCAUCGCCGGGCCCCAUCACCGGGCAACCACAGCCAAAACGUCCGGCGAACAAUUUCGCGAGCUCUUCAGGGCUCCUGUUCGAUCCAUACGACUACACCCCGCUGCCGUCCCGCAUCAUCUCGACGGGCGCGGCCGCGAACUUCCCAUCCAUUGCAAACCUCGUUGGGGACGUAUUUAACGCGCCUGUCAUCGUCCCUACAACUCAAAUUGAUGGAGCGCAAAUUGUGCCACACCGCAAUGCGCCCCCUGCUGGCUUCCCCGCACGAGCGGCACUUGGAGGAUCAUAUGUCGCCCGCUGGGUCUGGGGAAAGGAGAAGGGCACACCUGCUGGCACCGGUCGUGGAGGCUUUGAGGAGGAGAUCCGACGUCUUCUCGCUAAGCGUUGGGCCUCGACAGGCGGUGCAUCAUUGAGGACGAACAUCAACGCCCCGGAGACCAGCAGCAAGGCCCCAAGUGCUACCGGGAGCGGUGCAAGCACUCCGUAUGGCCACGGUCCGAGAUCGACGCUCGGUGCGACAAUUCUCGUAGAGGAAGAGGAAGAGGAGGCCGAAGAGAUGGACAGGAUUGGCGGAAUGCAGAGUUCCUUUGGACUUGGUUCUAGCUUCGGCGAGUCAGACUUUACGCGGAUGCGAACCGUGACGGGCUCUACUACGGGUUCUGCCAUGACCGCCAGUACCCUGGAGCCGCCUUCGACGGCGUUCACGACGCCAGACCUCAGCGGCGUCGGCCAUGCCAGUCCAGAGGGUGCGUCAAUGGAGGCCGCUGCGUCAACUCCGGCGGCACUCACACCGGUCACGGCGAUGCCAACAUCUGAGGCGGAGCUCCAACUUGGGCUUGCGAAGGUCGCCGAGCCGGAUGUCGAUGCGUUCAUGUCGUACGCGUCAAUCGUGCCCGAGUACUGCCGACUAGAGGGGUUGCUGGUGAAGUCCAUUGUCUAA